CCUCCCGCCCCCUCCGCCUCCGCCCCUUUAACCUUUAGGGUGCACGGGCACAGAGUCCUUCACACUCUUUCCCCUUUCCCCCUCCCCUUUCCCCACCCCCCGUGCCCAAGUCUCCGGGCCGGAAGUGAAGAUGGCGGCUGCGGCGCCUUCUGGCGCGGCUUCAGCGGAGCUGGUGAUCGGCUGGUGCAUAUUCGGCCUCUUAUUACUGGCUAUUUUGGCAUUCUGCUGGGUAUAUGUUCGUAAAUACCAAAGUCAGCGGGAAAGUGAAGUUGUCUCCACCAUAACAGCAAUUUUUUCUCUGGCAAUUGCACUUAUCACUUCAGCACUUCUACCAGUGGAUAUAUUUCUGGUUUCUUACAUGAAGAAUCAAAAUGGUACAUUUAAGGUAAUUACUAUCGUACUUUAAGGUAAUUACUAUCAUACUUGUGAUUUUUUUUCCCCUUUCAAAUUCUUGGCAAAUAAGUGUUUAAGUUUAGUAGUCCAGUAUAUAUUGUGCUUCUGUUGUUGUGUCUGGGAAUCAGUGAGGGUGCACAUGCAGCACAGAGGCUAAGAAUGGGACAGCCAACAUGGAAGACUAGAAGUGAACUGGUACUGAUUCAACAACUCUGCAAGUGUGAAGAAUACCUUUUGUUAAUCCGAAAAUAUAUUAAGUAAUGCAGUAGGUUUUAUUUUGUAUCUCUCCUAGCUCCCUUGAAGUUUGAGUUGAUUUACAUUAAUGCAGUAAAUAAUUUACAAGGGCUUUUUUUAGUGGUGGAUCACAAUUGCAGUCUGUUUCACAUUGAGUACUUUGAGUCAGUAUGGUAUAUGGAAAAGACCACUAAGCUAGCUGGGAGUUACAAGACCUGAGUUCUAGACUUGACUCUACUAUCUAGGCUAUAUUUUGGUCAAAUUAGUUAAGUUUUCUAGACUUCAAGUUCUUCAUUUUUAAAAUGAAGGAUGUUGGACUGGAAGAUUUCUGAUUUCCUUUCCAAUUAUGCAAAUUAUUAUUUAAAACAUUUUUUUUAAAUGUUUGUUUAUUCUUUGAGAUAGAGAGAGAGAGAGAGAGAGCACGAGCAGGAGAGGGGCAGGGAGAGGGAGACACAGAAUCUGAAGCAGGUUCCAGGCUCCAGGCUGUCAGCACAGAGAUUAAUAAAACACAUGAAGCUGCUCUUUUCAUGGAGCUUACAUUCUGUAAGAUCAGGCCAACAGUAAACAGUCAAAACAAGUGAAUUUCAUGUUGAUACAUUCUGUGAGGAAAUAUAAUAGAUUGAUGUGAAAGUUUAAGUUGUGGGUAAUUCAGAUAGGGGCACAGGAAGGCCAGAUUGCUGGAACAGAUUACUUGAGAUGAGACCUGGAUAAGGAGAAGCCAGUCAGGUGAAGAACCAGAGGGAAAAGCCUGUGGGGAGAGGAAACAGCAAAUACAGAAGCUCGAGAUGAGUUUGGCCUAUUUGUGGUAUUGUGGUGUUGCACUUUGGUACUAGCUGAGAUUAAGACGAGGCCUGGUGGAUUGUUUAUGACCUUAAGUCAUGUUAAUAGAACUGUAUUUUGGACAAAUUACCUUCAAAAUGCCUAUUGUAUAUAUAAAAGUGGAGGUAUCAAGUUGGGAGUUGGAAGUGUUGUUGAGAGGUGUAGGGAGAGGGGUAGAGAAGUGACCGCUGGCUUUGGUCAGUGGUAAGCAAGGAACAAGAUAGUUUCAGUGGAGCACAUGGGUGGUCAGGUUGGAGUGGGUUAACUCUGGAUGGGAGGUGAGGAAGUGGUGAUAGGGAAUGAGGAAAACUUUUUGAGAACUUUUCCUAAGGGAAAAGUUUCCCUUUUCCCUUUUCCUCCUAAGGGAUUAGGAGGUGGGAUCAAGAGAGGUGUUAUUUGUGGUGGUUAUGCGUAUUAUCCCUGUGCUUGAUGGAAGUUACUAGAGUUGGUAUACUUUAGGAUUCAGUACAGUGGGAGAAAUUUUUGAGAGGGAAGAUAGGAUAUCAUUGCAGGGACAGUGUUCUUGAGAAAGCAGAGGAGUUGGAGAUCUAAAUGUGAAAGGAUUGGCCAUAAAUAGGACUAUAGGUACUUGGCUGGAGGAAGGACUAACAUUUGAAUACAGAUGGAGGUAGGUGUUAGAUUUGGUAGUAAGUUGAGUAAGCUCCUGUCUUACGGCUCCAAAUUAUUUUAGGGAACUCCAAGUCAGCACUUUUUAGGCAUUGACAUUUUGUGCUGGUUUAUCUUUGUUGUGGGGGUUAUCCUGUGCAUCAUAGACAGUUAACACAUCUUUGCUUCUAUACACAAAUGCCAGUAGCACACUGACACUCCCCCCUACCCCCUGGGUCUCCAUUGCCAAAUGCCCAUGGGAGCCAGAGUCACCCCUGAAUAAAAACUACGGCCUAAGGUAAGAAUACCAGGUAAAAUCGAGGUGGGUUGUGUAGUUUUGGGUUGGGCUGAUCAUUUCAAAGUGUCAUCUUGAAGAAUAGAAAGAAAAGUUUACAUACAUGAUCCACUAUAUCUUUGUUCUAUGGAAUUUCUAUUUUCCUUUCAUCUCAAGUGGUCUUUAAUAUUCUCUAGUAUUAGUUCUUGGGUCUUCAAUGACUCUGUAGUUUCUUUUGGUCUCUACCUUGGGAGGCAGUGGUCUACAAAAUGUAUCAAGGGCAUAGCGGUUCUCAAAAUGUAAAAGAAGGAAGGUUUCAUAAACUAAGCUCUUUUGACAGUAUAUACCUUGGAGGCAAAACUGUAUAAAAGCCAUAUGCACUAAUAGUACUGGAAUGAUGUAUAUUUUACACAUAUUUUUAGCUUUAAAAUAGUAACAGAAAUAUUUUCUUCU